GUUGGACUAAUUGCAGCCGCACUAUCAGGUAGAGCUCAAGGGACAUUGCCUAGUAAUACUGAAACAAAUCCUAAGGAGCAGGUCAAAGUAAUCACUACACGUAGUGGCGUCCAGUUACCAGAAAUACAUGUAAAGAGGCUACCAACUGUCAUAGAGAAGGCACCUAUCAUGGGCGAGGAGCAAGUAGAUGAAUCAGACAAAGCCUCAAAGGAAAAUCAAGUUGAAUCAUCAGAUAGUCCGCAGGUGAAGGCAACUCCUCCUGUCAAAGCAUAUGUUCCUCCAAUACCAUUUCCACAGAGAUUGCAAAAACAUAAGCUCGACAAGCAAUUCCAGAAAUUUUUGGAUGUGUUCAAGAAGCUGCAUAUUAACAUACCAUUUGCUGAAGCUUUAGCCCAAAUGCCCAGCUAUGCCAAGUUCGUGAAGGAUAUUCUAUCAAAUAAGAGGAAGCUGGAAGACAAUGAAACAGUCAUGCUUAUUGAGGAGUGUAGCGCAAUUCUCCAACACAAAUUACCACUGAAACUAAAAGACCCAGGGAGUUUUACUAUUCUUUGUCACAUUGGUAAUUUGUAUAUAGAUAAGGCAUUGUGUGAUCUAGGAGCUAGCAUUAAUUUAAUGCCUUUAUCUCUUUUCCGGAAACUAGGUUUGGGGGAAGCAAAACCGAAAACAGUUUCACUACAGUUGGCUGACACAUCGAUCAAACACCCUCGUGGUAUUUGUGAAAAUAUUUUGGUGAAAGUUGACAAGUUUAUCUUCCCAGCGGACUUCAUUAUUCUGGACAUGGAAGAAGAUAGAGACGUCCCCAUCAUAUUGGGUCGUCCAUUCUUGGCCACGGGAAGAGCUCUGAUAGAUGUGCAAAAGGGUCGGUUGAUAUUGAGGUUAAAUGAAGAAGAACUGAUAAUCAACGUGUUUCGGGCUUUCAGAUUUCAGAGCGAACCAGAUUCUUGCAUGCAGAUUGAUAUAAUAAAAGAAGCGGUGUCAGAGGCAUUCAAACUAGAUCACCCUCAAGAUCCGCUUGAGGCUUGUUUAGUGCAUUCGCAAGAUUUACCAUUAGAAAAGGAGGAAAUAAAAGAAUGUGCACGGUAUUUGGCAACCAUACCACCAUUACCAUCUAUACAACAAGCUUCAACUCUUGAACUCAAACAACUGCCAACUCAUCUUCGUUAUGCAUACUUGGGGGAAAAGAAUUCACUUCCAGUAAUCAUCUUAAACAAUCUUACAGAAGUGGAGGAGGAUCAGUUGCUGAGG